AUGGUCUCUAGAAAGAAGGGGCCUGUAUUUCGGGUCACAGGACUCUCAGUAUCACAGUGCGACGAUGAACUGAGAACAACACUCGAGGCUACUAUCAAGCAAGAACUCUUGCCUGAUGAGAAGCCAACGCUUGGCUUUAGCACGACUAUCGUACCAUCUUGCUACGACAAUGAAAACAAGAGGGUUGCCCUGGUGAACUUUCAUGACAAGGUUCCUGUAUUUCUGCUCGAGCUGGUGACGAACCCUUCAGAAAUCUGGCAAAUCGAGAUGGGCGACACGGACAUCACCUUCGACUGUCACUUCAGGGGGAUGACGCAACUGUAUACACCAAAGCUCGAAACGCCAGUCACCGCAGAUAUAGUCGCUAUCACCGGCCUCGAUGGCCAUGCAUACGGUUCAUGGAGGGGAAAGGGGAACCUCGGGCGUAUGUGGCUUCGUGACUUCCUUUCUAGGGACUUACCUUGCUGCCGAACUAUGAUCUAUGGCUACAAUUCAAAAUUGUCAAGCCAUGGAAUCGAUAAGAUUAUAGACUAUAGCAGGGGCUUAAGGGAAGAGCUCAAGAAAGUCAGGGAUACAGAAGAAUCAAGACAGCGACCACUCUUCUUCAUCGCUCACAGUUUUGGUGGCAUAAUACUCGCUCACUGCCUCAAUCAAGCGCGUCAGACGAACGAAGACGAUGACCUUACGAUAUCAGCCGUUCACAGAGCCACUUACGGCAUGCUUCUCUUUGCAAUUCCGCACAAAGGCAUAGCAAUCGACGGUAUUCAGAAGAUGCUUGGAGGACAGGAAGACCACUCAAGGAUCGGGCUGCUUGAGCAGAUCAAGAAAGGUUCUGAUAUCCUAGCUCAGUCGCUAGCUGAUUUCAAGAAUGUUGUUCGAGAUCGGAAGGUAGUAAGCUUCUACGAGACAGGGCAAACCAGGCAGGUCGAGCUGAAUAGCGAAAGCUCACGUUACGCCAGAACGGGCGAGUUUGUCACAGUGGUUGAUACGGACUCAGCUAUUCUUCAACUCCCCGAUCAUCUUGAGGAGAAGAUUCCCUUGACUGCCGACCAUUCCAUGAUUGUCAAAUUUGACAGCACGGACGAUCAAGGUUACACCAGUGCGCGGGACAAACUUAGAAAGUUUGAGCAGGAUGCACCAAGUGUGGUUGCAACUCGUUUCCGUACGUGA